CGAGCCCGUGGGAGGCCAGGGGGCGCGCCUGGACCGUGCUGACGGGCACGCGCGCUCUCGCACAGUGACGCGCUCCAGCCCACCACCUCCGCCCGCCUCUCGCUGUGACAAUCGCCCUUGUUGCCAGUGGGGGAGCGCGUGGCUGCGAACCGUGUGACAGUGGCGCGCCGCUGCCGACGAGCACCUGAGACCGCAGCGGAGCGGCUCGCAAACGUGCCCGCCAAGAUCUGGGGUGAGAAGGCAUUUGUCGCUGCAUCUACCUCCAGCAACCAGGUAAACGUGACGCCUGCUCCUUCCGGGCAAGUGCCGCGGGGGAAGCGACCGACAUUCGUGCCGAAUGCUUUGAAGAAUCAAGGAUCUUAAUCCAACUCUAACCACCUCCAAUUCUGAUUACCACAUUUACCAGAACUGUUUGAUUUUCAGGAUCAAGAAUGGUGGAUACACAAUUGCCUCUAUGGCCCAUCAACUUUGCUAUGGGUACAAUGGACCUUUCGGAACUUGCCAACCACUCUCAUUCCUUCGAUGUAAAGCCAUUUGCUACUGUAGACCUUUCCACGGUUUCUGCAGUUAAUUAUGAAGAUCAUACUUCAACCUCUAUAAGAAUUGACGAGAAUUCUUCAGACUGUAAAUAUGAUGAAAGAUUUCUGGACUACCAAAGUGCUAUUAAAGUUGAACCAUCUUCCUUGAAUGACAAUUCAGGAAAAGAGCUUUCAUUUGCAAGGUUACAAGAAGAUUCAUCAAAUUCAGCCCUGUCUAUUGAAUGUAGAGUGUGUGGAGACAAGGCCUCAGGUUUUCAUUAUGGGGUCCAUGCAUGCGAAGGAUGUAAGGGAUUUUUCCGGAGAACAAUCAGGCUGAAGUUGAUGUAUGACAAAUGCGAUCUAAACUGUAGGAUUCAGAAAAAAAACAGGAAUAAAUGUCAGUACUGCCGAUUUCAGAAAUGUCUCGUAGUGGGCAUGUCGCAUAAUGCAAUUAGAUUUGGCAGAAUGCCACAAGCUGAAAAGGAGAAACUCCUGGCUGAAAUAUCCAGCGAUGCAGAACAACUGAACCCUGAAUCUGCUGAUCUCCGUGCUCUUGCCAAGCACAUGUUUGAGUCAUACAUUAAGGUUUUUCCUAUUACCAAAGCUAAAUCUCGAGCAAUCAUGGCUGGAAAAACAGGAGACAAAUCGCCAUUUGUCAUUUAUGACAUGAAUUCCUUAAAGGCUGGAGAAGAGCGUAUCAAAUUCAAACAAACACCACUGCAAGAGCAGAACACAGAGGUAGAAAUCCGAAUUUUCCAACGUUGUCAAUUCCGUUCAGUGGAGGCUGUAAGGGAAAUCACUGAAUUUGCAAAAUCUAUCCCAGGAUUCAUAAAUCUUGACCUAAAUGACCAAGUGACUCUUCUUAAAUAUGGUGUCCAUGAGGUCAUAUUCAGUAUGUUGGCUUCCUUGAUGAAUAAAGAUGGACUUCUGAUUGCCUCUGGCCAGGGUUUCAUGACUCGUGAGUUUUUAAAAAGCCUAAGGAAACCCUUUUGUGAUAUCAUGGAGCCCAAAUUUGAAUUUGCCAUGAAGUUCAAUGGUUUGGGGCUGAACGACUGUGACAUCGCAAUAUUUAUUGCUGUCGUCAUACUCAGUGGAGAUCGACCUGGAUUGCUAAAUGUUAAACCAAUUGAGGAACUACAAGAUAGCAUCCUUCAAGCACUUGCCCUUCAACUUAAGAUAAACCAUCCAGAUUCACCACAGUUGUUUGCAAAGCUACUUCAAAAAAUGACAGAUUUAAGACAGAUUGUCACUGAGCAUGUCCAGCUUCUGCACACUAUCAGGAAAACAGAGGCAGAAAUGAGUCUUCAUCCACUCCUGCAAGAAAUAUACAAGGACUUGUAUUAGAAAGCGUUCUCUUGAACCAUGUUCAAAGAAAAAUCCCUUUCUCAAAUUGCACUGUUUCAUUGUGCAGUGUAACAACAAAGACUUAUAAAUGGUGGCUUCAUUGGGCACUCAAGCAAUAGUUUGCAGAAUUGCACAUGACACCAUUAUACACAAGAAAAACAGGCAUAAAUGUUGAAGAUUUUCUGUACUGGUGAUGUCUUUUGGAGAUGUGACUGAAUAAUGCGCAGAAUUGUUUAAGUGCCUUCAAAACUGUUUAGUCUAUGAAAGGUUUUGAGAAAUGCCUAUCAAACAGUUGAGAAUAAAGACUAAAAGUCUAGUAUUCACAGUUCAACUUGUCAUUUUUCUGGCAAACAACUUUGUAAUCUUUCAGGAUUAUAUAUACAAACCAUUAUUAUCAUGAUAGUUGAAACUUCGCUGACACUGUUUAGGUGAGUGCUAGUGGCAGUUAUUAUGCAAACAGUUCAAUUGGCAAAUUACUUCUGUUAAAUUUCUGUCUGUUUAAGAAAAAUCUUCUCAGCCUAUUUUUACAUUGUUCAAAAUUGGCAUAAUACAGAAUAUUAAAAUUCAUAAAAUUGGCUGAAGUUAGUAAAUGUACUAAUUUACCAACCUCCAUUCAGUACCAUAUCUUCUGUAUUUUUAAGCAAAUGUUUGAAGCUUGUGUUUUAAGCUGUUCCUACCAUGUAACUUUGCAACUGGAUGGAUCUAUCACUCAUAAGAGAGAGAAGUAUUCUAAAUGAACAUUCUUAGUUCUCAAUUAACAAUAUGAAAAUUAAUAUUGUGUACUGUUGUAUAAUGUACCAACAGCAAAACAUAGCUACACUGGAUUCUCUAAAAGAAUGGAAAAAUGUAAAAUCUCUUAAUAUACAAAAUAAUGACCUCAAAAUGAAUCAAAACCUUAAAUAAAAGAAUCCUAAAAGACUACAUUAAAUUCAUUAAAAGUACAAUUUGACAGCAUGGUAAUAGACACUUUCCAAAUGUUAUUAUAAUUAUGUGAAUUAUAAUUAUUUACAUUAUGGUGUUGAUCUAAUGCCAAUUGUAUAAUCAUCCAUUAAAUUCAUUAUUUAAAAAGUACAGAUGUAAUAAUAAAACUUUAAAUCCUAAGAUACCUGAAACCCCUUUGCUCAUUUUAACAUUUUUAUCAAAUGAGAAUUAAAGGGAAAAUUCUAAUAUCAGAAUAAAAUCUUGUUCCAUGACUUUUCUUCCCAUUCUGCCCCACUUAUGUGGAUUUCCUUAAAUGACCAUCGUAUUUUGAAUUGUCAUGUUGAUCAAUGUUUGUGAUUCUUAUGUGUUUUACUCAAUGUAUAGGUUGCCAGUGUUAUAUUUCCGCACAUUUUAUUUCAUUAAACUGGAUCAGUCUGUCAGAAAAUAUUAUGGUUUAGAAUACUGUUUGAUAAAUAAUCAAACUGGUAUAAAUACUGGAAUUGUUUUUGUAUGAAAAGAAUGUAAAAACCAGAUGAUAAAAAAAUUAAUUUCAAUUUUUAAUAAUCCUUAUUUCAAAACAAAACAAGCCACUUUAAUACAGUAGUUCCUCUUGGAAGAUAUUUUACAGGUUGUUGGGUCGAGUUUUCCAAUGAAGCAGGACUAAAGCUGAGAGGGCAAUUGGGCCAAGUGUAAUCCAGACCCCAUUUUAA